UCUUUCUGGAGGUCCGCCGCCGCGCACAGGAACCGGGCCGAGGCCGACCACACGCGUCCGUCGGCGUUUCUGGGCAGAUAGACAGCCGCCCCCGCCCGCACACACCUCGCAGUAGAUCUAAUUAAACUGUUCAUGACCUCUGGUUACAAAAGCCCUCAAGAACUUCCGGGGCGACUUGAGCACGGAGGAAAAAGACGGCGGGGGUUUGAAAGAUGGCGGCGCACACGCAGAAGAAUAACAAACCGGGGAAACCUGGAGGAAAAGAGGCUCAGCCCCUGAUAAUCGCUAAAACUCCGGCGGAGGAACAGCGUCUGAAGUUAGAGAGGUUGAUGCGGAACCCGGAUAAACUCGCUCCCAUUCCGGACCGGCCGAAAGAAUGGAACCCGCGGGCUCCGCCGGAGUUCGUCCGAGAUGUGAUGGGCUCCAGCGCCGGUGCAGGCAGCGGGGAGUUCCAUGUUUAUCGGCACCUCCGACGCAGAGAGUACCAGAGGCAGGAUUUUCUGGACAAGAUGGCAGAUAAGCAGAAUGAGGACCUGGAAUAUCUGGAUAAGGUGAAGCAAAACAAACAGGCAGCCGAGGAGAGAACGGCAAAGCGCAGGAAGAAGCGGGAAAAGCUGAAGCAGAAAAAGCUGAUGGCAAAGAAGGCUAAACUAGAGGCCAAAAACAAGAAAGAAGACGACACCGACACGAGUUCGGAAAGCAGUGAAGAAGAGGAGGACGAGGAGGGAAGAGAGGCUGAUGAUGAUGCCGAGGCCCCUAGCUUCAUAAUGGGGAAGAAAUGACGCCCUCUGUCUCCUGCAGAGUGACGAACACAGACUAGCAGGACUGAGUACUAGUUUUAAUGCUCCUUGGUAAUGACAUUGCGGGUGAUUGAUCAUGAAGGCAUGGGGGAGAUGGACACCAGAAUCACAUAACAGUCUGAAAUAAGCAAAAAACAUUUGGAACCAGUUUAAGAGCCCUGUACAAGAGAGUGUACUCCCUGGAUGGACUGCCUAGUUUAAUAGGCAUACCCCCCCAGACAAUGGUGGUCAGUCUCCCAGUUGGGAAAGAGGCAUGUUGAGACACUUCUGAUAGUUUUCAGCUAGCAGGCCAGGUGUGUAGUCGUCUUGAGGGGCUUCUUGAGUUUGCCUAAAUGUAUGAUCAAGUUUUCAGAAUUUUGACUUCAUUGGAUUGUUAAAUCGUUGGGAAUCCUCUACCUUUUUUAAUGGUAUAUUUGAAAUGUUUUAAUAAAAAUGAGAAUAUGCAUGGA